CAUAAAUUAAUCGUUUAUUUUCUGAUUUUAUGUCGAAGAGCAUGAUUCAUCUUAUGACCAGUUAAAAAGCGCCUUACUUUAAGCUUUCAUAAAACGUUGCAGAAUAUAUUCAAUGUUACAAUCUACUUAUUUUAUUAUAUGAGAAAAUCCUUUUGAAUAUAAAGAAGAAGAAAAUUAGCCAUGCUUUGGAGUCCCAGUGAAGUAUUAGCAUACAUAAAGGAUGAUAAAUCUGGAGAAAUUGAUAAAUCUGAGGCAGAUAGAUUGGUACCUACAGUUCCUUAUGGGGGCUUUAAAACAUGGCCUAACCCUCAGCAAGACUUUAUCCUUAUUGCGGAAAAUUCAGAAAUACAUGGUCCAAAUCCUUUGUUCACCAUUCCAGAGCUUGAAACUGGUAUUGAUUUAAAUUUGCUUUCAACACAAAUUUUAUCAGCUGACUAUCAAUGUUUGAGCAACAAUAAAACAUUGCCAGGAAAAAAUGCUCAACUAUUAAUGCCUGAUGUUGAUGCAGACACACAUGCUGCAAUUGUAUACUUUUUUUUGUUUGACUCAGAGGCUAGAGGAUUUGUGCGUCCAACUUGUGUUGCUUACUUUACAUCUGAUAAACAUAAACUGGCAUUGUUAGCUGAUUCUAUUUUACAACGAUUAACAGAGAUUGCUUCAGUAUUACAACACUUUAAUAUUCAAUGUACUGCUGAGGAUUUGAAAUCGUUUAAAGAAAAGGCCUUGUCAAAUGAAGAAAAAUUAACAAAAUCUAAUGAAAUAGUGAAUGAACUCUUGCUGAAGGAUAUUGAAGAAAUUUUGGAUAUUGUUGACAAAUAUGAUGGAAAUGAUUCUUAUGAAAAGCAACUUUCUUCCUUAUUAGAUGCUCUUGAGAAGUGUACUGCUUCUGAAAAAAUUCAAAAUUGGGUUUCAAGUUCAUUUCAUAAAUCAGUCCCUGGUUCCGAUGCUUUUAAAAGAAAGCUUUUAUUUCGGGCAAAUUCAAAGAGUAGCAUGAAAGACUUAUAUCAUAUUUGUGACAAAGGUGUUGUGCUUGGUUUAUAUCAUCUCUACAUUUCUUACCAGUAUCUGAAGAGAAAAUGUGAAAAUAUAGUUUUGUCUGAGAGCUCCGAAACAGCAAAAGAAAAUUGCUUGCAAUUUGGAGCUUGUAUAAAGAAUUCAACGAGGGGCAGUGAUGUAUUUAAAAAUGAAUGUGUUUUAGAAUCCUGCAAUGUGCCUGCUACUUUUUCUUUUGAGGAUGAAGCUUAUUUGUCCUGUUUGAAUUCGUCUUUUGAAAAUGUGAUUGUUAGAUUUUUGAAUUGGGGAGUUAAAUCUGAAAAUGAAACUAAAAAUGAUGACACUGAUUCAUCAUCACAGUAUACAAAUAAUUCGUUAGAAUCUAGUACUCAUGUGUCUUACCGUGUUCAUUACUUAAAUCGUAAGUAUACCAUAUUAUCUGAAUUCUAUACAAUUAUUUAAAUCAUUUUAUUUUGU